AUGCAGAAAGUUUGUUGGCCUUACUUUGAUCCUGAUUUCGAGAAUCUUGGUGAACGCGUAUAUGGACCACCAUGCAGGGUCUACAUUGAUAAUGACAGCAUACAAGAUUGCACCGUUGUGAAGGUGAAUAGUGAGAACAAACAAGGACUUCUUCUAGAAGUGGUGCAAAUCUUGACAGACAUGAAUCUCAUCAUUAUAAAGAGUUACAUCUCUUCCGAUGGUGGAUGGUUCAUGGAUGUUUUCCAUGUUAAAGACGAGCAUGGCAAUAAACUCACUGAUAAAAGCGUCAUCAACCACAUCCAACAUGCCAUUGGUACGAGUAGGCGAGAGUCUGAUUCUGUAAAGGCCAGCGAGCUGAUCAACAAUGCAAACAGUAACUCUUUGGAGCCUCCAUUGCUUGAUCACGGUGAGCACACAGCGAUAGAGAUGACCGGGACAGACAGACCGGGACUCUUCUCAGAGAUAUUCGCUGCUUUCGCCGACUUGCAUUGCAACGUCUUAGAAGCUCAUGCUUGGAGCCACAACGCUCGUUUGGCUUGCAUUGCCUAUGUCUCUGACGACAAUACUCACGCUCCCAUCGAUGACCCGAGCCGCUUGGCUUCCAUCGAGGACCACCUCAGUACUGUGAUCCGUGCCACAACGGAUCCAGCUUCAAACUCUACACACGUGGGUCACAAGGAGAACGAGAUGGAUGGGUUUCUUGCUGGACAAGGUAAAGGCUGUAUGAAUUCCAACGUGGAGAGACGGUUGCAUCAGCUAAUGCUAUCUGUGAGAGACUUUGACGAACCUUUCUGUGGACCUUCAUCGUUGUCACUACUGUCGUCAAAGUUGGAGUACUGUGAUAGGAAGACGACGAUGGUUUCGAUUGGGAAUUGCGAAGAGAGAGGCUAUUCAAUAGUGACAGUGAAGUCUAAGGAUCGAAGAAGGCUCAUGUUUGAUACAAUCUGCACUUUGGUUGAUAUGCAAUACGUUAUCUUCCACGCUGCUCUCCGCUCUGAUGGAGCUGAUGCUUUUCAGGAAUACUUCAUAAGACACAUAGAUGGACGAGCAUUGAACACGGAAGGCGAGAAAGAACGAGUGGUCAAAUGCUUAGAAGCUGCGAUCGAACGACGGGUUUGCGAGGGGUUGAAGUUGGAGUUAUGCGCAGAGAACAGAGUAGGCUUACUCUCUGACAUAUCUCGUGUCCUCCGUGAGAACGGCUUGACCGUCGUCCGUGCAGACGUGGAGACGCAAGGCCAGAACUCGCUCAACGCUUUCUACGUCAGAGAUAUCUCCGGCAACAAAAUCGAUAUGGAGUUUGUGGAAUCAGUGAAGAAAGAGAUGAGACCGAUCCAUCUCGAAGUCAAGAAUGAAGACAAUGCCAAAUACAGAGUUGCAAUUGCGUCGCAUGAACCACCGCCGGUCUCAGCCGCACCGCAACCGCAGCCACCCCACCGUUUCUCGCUCGGUGAGAUCCUACGGUCACAGAUCGAACGCCUUUCUCACAACUUCGUCCCAACCAAAUGA